UUGUCGUCUUGUUAUUUCUUGGCUGCAUCAUUUCACGACGAGUAUUCAGGAAAGUAGGUCUAGUGAAUUAUUGAACAAAGGAAUCAUAAGGACUUUGGGUGUCAGGUGUGCCAUCAUUUUUGCUGAUUGAAGAUGGAAGCUUUAAAAUGGAUUGAUUCUGGAAGCGUAAACGUCAAAGUUGCGUUCGACUGGAACGUGCAAGCCAACUUUCUUGAAACUGUAGAUGGGAAAGGCUCAGAUUUGUCAUCUGAAUUCUUUGCCUCGAAAGAAAUACCAAAUCAUCAAUGGAAAUUGCAACUCUCUGAUUUGGGAACCAAAAUAAGAAUCAGCCUGUUGGAUUACAUCAACACCGAAGGCAUUUUGGCAAAUAUCGCCGACCCAUUUCAAGUCAAAAUCGCCAUCGUCGACAAAAAUGGAGAGAAGCUUCACCAACAUGUCGUCUACUCGCACAUCCAUACUUUCGUCUACUUUGAAUUGUCGAAAGAAGAAAUUAUAAAAUCAAAUCGUAGGCAAGUAGACGGCAGUCUCACCAUCAGUUGUGAGAAUGAAUGCAUGGUCUGGAAGCCUUUGUCUGAUGGCAUACCCGUACCUGUGGAUAUCAACUGCACCCAUCAACUGGCGGCUCAGCUCAAAGAAUUAUUUGAUGACAUGUCGUUCAGUGACGUCAUUUUAAAAGUCGGCGGCAGCGAAUUUCCCGCCCACAAAAUUGUUUUAGCCGCCAGAAGUGAAGUCUUCAAAGCCAUGUUCCAACACCCUACCAAGGAGAAAUCGACCAAUCACGUCGAAAUAGAAGACACCGAACCGGAAAUAUUCAAGGAGCUGCUACGAUUUAUCUAUACGGGACGUUUGACUGCUGAGACCAUGGAAAAGAUGGCGGUCGGACUUUUGGUGGUGGCCGACAAGUAUUUGUUGACGGAACUGAAAGCUGCUUGUGAAAGGCAUUUGAUCAGAUUCAUGUCGAUUCAAAAUUGCCUCGAAUUACUUUUGCUGGAAGAAAAUGAUCACCACCCAGCGUAUGGAUUGCGGAAGGAGGCAAUUAACUUCUUUCGGCUCCACCCAGCCGAAAUCAUUUUGACCGAUGGAUGGGAAAAGGCCAAAAAAGAGAAUCCAGCUUUGCUAUGCGACGUCCAGGAAGUUGUGUUGUGCUCCAAACCUGACAACGAGUUCCGCUUAGCGAAAUAAAAAUGUUUCCAGCGCAAAAUGAGAUACCAACGUCUUCUUGAAUAACUAAGACAAAGUUAAUUUCAAAAUUCCAUUAAGAUAUGUUCUACAAUACAAAAUGUAAAUGUCUUGUGUAAACUGUGUAGUGUCCUGUUGUGUGCCAACAAAGAACAUACAUGAACAAACGAUUUAAA